AAACCGGAGCGGGAGGUCGGCAGCAUGCAGUGGGAUAGGUCCCUCUCUUCGAAGGGCAGGAGCACCGGUUUCUUCCUUUCUCUCAACCCACUCUUGCGUGAAUUGCCUAGUUAUCAAUCGCUAAUUCGAAGGACUUCAACUGGAAGAAGUUCAACCAAACGGAAAAGCAUUGCCCCCAGUUAUUUGUUUACUUCACUAACUCACAGAAGAGCUGGUUCAGAUGUGUGUGAACCGAACAUUGGGCCAUUGCGAGAAAUGCCCGUUAGCAUUGAGGAGAAGAAGCGAAUCAGAGCUAGUCCAGAUUAUCAAACUUACAUGUUAACAAAAUAUGAUCAAGGCCGUCUGUUUAGAAAAAAGGCAAGAUUUGUUCAAACUGUCAAGGAGCGUUUAUCCAGCCUGUGCCUUUGGAAAAAAGACAUUCAUGACAUAGAAGGCAAAUUUGGCACUGGAAUCCGAUCUUACUUUUCCUUUCUUCGUUUUCUGGUUUUGUUGAAUUUUGUGAUAUUUCUGUUAAUGUUUGCUCUUGUCACACUUCCAACCAUCAUUUCAAAGACCAGAUUUGUUAACACUACGUAUGCUGACAUUCCCUCCUCUGUAGUAGCUCAAGAGUGCACAGUGUAUGAACAGCCUAAAACCAAGCUUGUCCUUUUCUAUAGUUAUGUGAUUAAUCUUUUCUCAGGAACAGGAUUUUUGGAGCAGACAUAUCUAUUUUAUGGAUUUUAUAGAAUUGAUCAUUUGAGUUCUGACCAUUUUCACUAUAACCUAUCACUUGCAUACUUCAUGGCAACCUGCUUCUAUAUCCUACUGAGUUUAUUCUGGGUAGUGAAAAGGGCUGUGGAAGGUUUCAAACAAAGCUUCAUAAGAUCUGAAGAUCGAUUUCAGAGUUUCUGUAAUAAGAUUUUUGCUGGCUGGGAUUUUUGCAUCACUGAUCAGCAUGCUGCAGAGCUGAAGCAUAGCAGUCUUCAGUAUGAACUGAAAACUGACUUGAACGAAGAAAGAAUCAAACAGAAGAUUGCAGAUAGGACGAAGAAGGAAAAGUUCAGAAUCUACCUCUUGAGAGUUUUCUUGAAUUUGGUAGUUGUAAUGAUAUUGGUCACUUGCUUUUACUGCAUUUACAGAACUACUGUUUACUCUCAACGAGCUCAUAAAAUUGCAGAUAAUGUUGAAGCCUUCACAUCUGAUCUAAUCAUUGAGUACCUACCAUCUAUUGUUAUCACAGCAGCUAACUUUAUCACACCACGCCUGUUUGAAUGUAUAAUUCAAUUUGAAGACUACUCACCAGCCUUUGAGAUAAAAUUUAUGCUUAUCAGGUCUGUGUUUGUGCGAUUGGCUAAUAUUAUUGUUCUUUUGGUGAGCUUGUGGUCACAAAUCACGACUUGUACUGGUGAUGACGAGUGUAAACCGUGUGGCUACAACAACAAAUUGUAUCCAUGCUGGGAAACCCGAAUAGGACAAGAAAUGUACAAGUUAAUGAUAUUUGACUUAAUAAUAAUUUCAUCAGUUGCAUUGUUUGUGGAAUUCCCCAGAAAGUUAAUCGUAACCUAUUGCACAUGGGCCCCAUUCAAGUGGUGGGGUCAACAGCAGUUUUCAGUUCCUCAAAACGUAUUAGAAAUAGUAUAUGGUCAGACUAUCUGCUGGAUAGGAACAUUUUACUCACCAUUGCUCCCUGGAAUAGCAACCAUCAAAUACUUCAUCAUAUUUUAUAUCAAAAAGAUAUCUCUGAUGAACAACUGCCGUCCUUCCACCAGACCUUUUCGAGCAUCAAGCUCUAACUUCUUCUUUCUGGCCGUGCUGUUAAUUGGACUUCCCCUAGCCUGUGUGCCUAUCGCUUUUAGUGUUGGAGUGAUCAAAUCAUCCAAAUCCUGUGGGCCAUUUGUUAAAUACAAUAUAUCGUGGCAUGUCAUACCAGCAACCAUCGACCAUUUCCCCAACGGCUUUAACAAGCUUCUGUAUGGUUUGGCAUCUGAGGCUUUUGCAGUGCCAUUCUUUUUAUUUGUAUGCCUUAUCCUUUUCUAUCUGGUUGCGUUGGCUGGAGCACAUAAACGAGUUGUUGAUCAGUUAAGAGAACAACUGGCAAUGCAAAGCCGUGACAAACAGUAUCUUAUCAAAAAACUGACAAGAGAUUCGCUCCUUUUGAAGAAGAGAUCUACCACAUCGACCAUUCAGGAAAACUGAAGGGAGACCAUUUCCAAGGCAGUAUUACCUCGGAGUGGAAGCAUGUCUUAAUACUGUGAAAGAAACACAAUAUUUGCCAUCCAGAUGCAUCAUUACAAACUGCUAUCCAGUUCCACAACAUCGAAGACAGAAACAAAACCAGAAAGUGCAGGAGAAACACAGCAUGUCUGGCAGCAUCUGUGGAGAGAGAAACAGACUUAACAUUUUGAAUACACCUUCUUCAAAACUGUCCUAGAUUAACUUUUUGAGUCCAGUCUGACAGUUUCAAAGAAGAAUUAGGCUGAACUUGAAAUGUUAAGUCUGAUUCUCUCUCCACAGAUGCUGCCAGACAUGCUGGGUUUCUCGAGCACAUGUUUCAGAUUUGCAGCAUCUGCAGGAUUUGGCUUUAAAUUGUGUACCAACCAGUGUGGUGUUGACAGCUUUGCUUCAGAACUUAUAAUGAUUGUUAAUUUGAAUUUAAUGUCUCCCCUCCUGUAUCAUAGUUUUUUCAGAUUCCACUUGUUUGUGAAAUUUAUUUUAAUGCUACUACAUAGUAGACAACUGGUAGAAAUUUUACAAUCCCACAUCCACAUUAGGGAUAUUUGAACUUGAGUACCCUUAGUUGCAAGCAUAACUAGUAUUGCACCUUAGCACCCAAUCUAAAUCACAAUCAAUGUAACCUAAUCUGCAGUUUCUUGCUACUCACACCAAUCCUAUCAGCUUUACAGAUCUAUCUGUGCCUUUAGUAAAUUACCUAGAUGUCCUUACAGUUUCUGUUUAAAAUCAGUAAGCAAAACCAGCUGUCAAACUACUCUGUUUACAGCACACUGUAGCUGGAUAGCUUUGCUCAACAGCCUUGGUUUCUAAAAAAUAGCAAUUAAGGGAAUGUCUGCUACAAUUUUGUAAAUAUUUACCGUGUACUUCUGGCAUUUUCAUAGAUUGUCUACUGUAACCUCAACAAACAGUCAGGAGAACCUUCGUUACCUACUUUAGUAACAUCCUUGUAAAACAAACUGAGAUAAAUGUAGUUAUGAAGAGGUGUCCAUUUAUCCAUCAAUUUAAUUAGUAUAUCCUAUUUUAGAUCGAUAGAAUCUUGUUCUAGGUUACAAGGUUACAAGACUUGUAAAAUUAUUAACUUUUUUAUCUACUAACUGCAUUAUUUCAUAUUAUAUCUUCAGUAUAACAGCUUCUCCAGAAAACUUACUCUAUCAAAGAAUGCUGCUAUUAUUAUCGCAGUACUGCCUUAUUAAAUUACGUUUUGUUGCUUCAUGUUUGGGUAUUUGUUUACAAAGUUUCUUUGGGACACUUAUUUAUGAGUUCCCAUAGCUUCAGGUGGAGUAAUGGAUUAUUAACAAAUGCAUAUUGUAAGUUAUUGCAUGAAAUGUUCCUCAAGUGUUUCUGUUUCAAGUGUAUACAUACAAAUAUGUCUGUAAAAAUAUUAAGUAAUUAACUUUGCACAAAUAAAGUUUUUCAAAUAA